AUGGUGGCCAUGAGAGUAAUUUUGGGCGUCUACAUUGCGCUCCUGGGGGGGGUGACGGCGAAGUCUUCAACAGCCCUAUUCUCCAACACCACAAGCUCUUUAACGAAAGCGCCAGCUCCAGCUUCGUCAGAAUGUUGUUUUGCGAUAGUAGAAACGAUAAGCGAAUUCUACUGGCAGAUAUAUGAGACGACCAGUUUCUUUCAGGUGGUUAACCUCACCUCCAUCACCACCUUCGUGACGCCCUACCCAAAUAUAACCCGUUCCAAUAUCGAAACCAAUGUCUACACCACAAAUGCUACUUUCACUCGUACCCACACAAUCGGUAGAAACCCCGCCGCUCUCUACCUAAAUCCUGCCCCUGGACCCAGGGAAAAUUUCACGGCAUUGACGACUGGGACUCAGACGGUGACAGGAGGAGUGACGGUAAAAUCGCCCGCUGCCUUCUGGGUAUAUCCAACGCUCAAGAUCGUUACCGUUCCUGCUGUGACGGAUUCGAAUGGCCGUGUUGCUUGUGCCACGAAGACUGCCUUUCCAACUACUUAUACGGGGUUUUCUGAAUCACUCCGCUCCGUUCCCUAUUCGACGAACACAUUAUCGUAUGAGCUUACGGAUACGCUGUACUCAACAUUGUCCUCGAAUCUCCUCAAGCCACUUACGACCGUGGUCGUGACAAAAUAUGAGACAAAUACCCUAUAUUCGAAUUCAGUAUCGGAAGGGGGCGCAUUCACGUCAACGCAUUCGAAUAUUCCCGUCUUCACCGUCAAUCCGUUUGUGGCAUCGUACUUCGGGGAGAAUGCGACUAAAUCUUCCGGGUCUAUAUUAACACUAGCAACGCCUUAUAUUUACCUACCUCCGAGGGGCUCAGCAGGUGCGACUGGGGAACCGAAUAAUACCUGUACCCAAGGUGCUGGACCUGAAAAUUAUGGGUAUCCGCUGCAAGAGGCAAGUUUAAUUGUUCAUUUUAAAUAUUUGAUAAUCGAGACAACUCCUACAAUCCCUAAGAAGCGCCCAGGCUCUUACCAAUUGUGGGGUAUGAUCGAUUUCGCUGCCAUUGACCAUCCCGAAAUCGCUUCCUGCCUUCCCGGGGGGCCUGAAGUCUUAUCCGCUACACGAUGCGAACAGGUUUCUCCAGCAUAUGAAUCGCCCGGCGGUGACCUUACCUCAUCGACUGUGAUCACAGUGACUCCGACAGACCUUCCGACUGCUUUGCCCGUCGAGGCAUCGCCGCUUCCCACGACGACACAACCAGUCCAAACAUCGGUUGAAGCGCCAGUUUUACCCCCUACGCCAACGUUGCCCGUAGAAGAUACUCCUUCGGCUACUUCAAAAAGCCUUCCAACAUCCUUUGAACCUCCGUCCGAUGCUCCUCAGAGUGAACCAGCCGCCGAUGUCACUAAACUUAUUCCAGACAACACGCCAACGUCUACAGCAGAAAAUGCUCCCCCUGCUUCAGUGCCUACUCCAGACACCCCUCCUGCAGACACCCCUCCAGCAUCCGUGGUAGACAACACCCCUCCCGCAUCCGUGGUAGACAACACCCCUCCCGCAUCCGUGGUAGACAACGCCCCUCCAGCAUCCGUGGUAGACAACGCCCCUCCAGCGUCCGUGGUAGACAACGCCCCCGCCACUCUCCCCGAUACUCAACCCACCAACAAUCCCGCUCAACCCCCAAACCCAACACCUAAUACAGCAGACCAAGCAAUUGUAACUGCAAUCGCCUCCCUAAUCGGCGCCCAGCCCAUCUCCGGAUCACCAGGAAGUUCCGACUUUGUCGUCUCGAUCGAAACCGCCAUCCCUGUUGUCCCUGGUUCAGCCGCGCCAUCCGGCCGGACAACAAUCAUCUCCGGAACCACAAAAGUAAUAAUUUCCGCAGCGACAACAAUCCCUGCAGGUCAAGCUGUGGCGGGGUUAAGCAGUCUAGGAGGCACCACGACGAUGAUUUCAGGAACGCUGAAUGUUGUCUUGGGUAUUCCAGGUGGGACGACGAAUAUCCCGGUGAACUCGCAGCUGCCCGCCUUGACAGGAAAGACGACGGUAAUAGAGGGGAGUACGUAUGUGGCUGUGAGCGGACCAACAACAGUUCCUGUAGUUGUUGGAGGAGGCAAUGCGGCUCCUUCUGGAAAUGGAAGUACAGCGGCGCCAACGUUCAACCCAGUGGAAGCUUCUGGGGCUUCGGGUAGUAUGGUGGCAGGAAGAUGUGCCAUGGCUCUUGCUUGUGUUGGUGCUGUUAUUGCGCUUGCAUUCUAG